GGAUUGAUGCGAUGCAACCCUUGAUAGUUGUGGAAAAUGGUUCUUGGGACAGGGUGGCCGUGUAGAUGCCCGUUUAAAACUCUGUCAUUACGUCAGCAAUCGUUCCUAAACAGACUGUCGGGUUUUUUAAGAUCUGGUUGCGGUUUUUUCGUGCGCAUCAGCCUCUUUAAACACUCCAGCGGAACCUCUUAUGGAGCCUAACAGAAAUGCUCCCGACUGCAGUGUGUGCUGAUCGGCCUGGUUCAUUUUAGAGAUGGCUGCAACCAUGAAGGAAGUGGAUUAUGUCCAUCAGAGCAGCGCUGAAAGUCUGGCUGCAGAAGACAAAGUCCAGAUGAAGCAGCUCAGCGUCCAUCAGGAUGUUGGUAGAAACCAAACAGCUGAUGAUCCACAGCUGUUGGUGAUUAAAGAAGAGCGUCCCUUUGAGUGGAGCUCCAGCGAGGAUGAGCAGGACCCAGAGCUGCUCCACAUAAAGGAGGAAAAUGAGGAAUCAUCGUGGACCAAUCAGGAGGGAGAGCAGCUUUAUGGAGAGGAGGAUCUUGCCAGUUUCCCGUUGAAUGUUAUUGUGAAGAGUGAAGAAGAAGAAGAAGAAGAAGAGGAGGAAUAUCAGUCUUCACAGCUGUAUCUCAGGGAAACUGAACAUAACAGAGAGUCAAAACCUCUGAGUUCCGUUCAGUUUAUAAAAACAGAACCCGAUGAUGGGCCAGAAUUGACGAUAAACCCUGGAGUAAGCGACUACUUUAAGAUAAAAACAGCUGGAAAAGCUUCAGACUCUUCAGAGACUGAAGUCAGUGAUGAGGACAAUCACUGGCAGGAACCGCUACCAGAUUUUGGAGCAGAAAUUAAGCACAAAGAGAGCAGAACACCCAAUUCGGGCGACACAGCCAAGGCCCUGUACAGCUGCUUCGAGUGUGACAAACAAUAUUUCUACAAGCAGUCCCUCCAUAGACACAUGAAGUGUCAUUCCGUCAGCUCGGCUAACACAAACCACUGCAGUGGGCAGGAAAAUGCAGAUUCAGACCCAGCAGUCAGGAAGAAGGAGAGAGUGUUCAUUUGUGACGUCUGUGGGCAUGAAUUUAACCAGAGGACUAAUCUUACCACACACAAGAGAGUCCACACAGGGGAGAAACCAUUCAGGUGUGACGUUUGUGGCAAAAGAUUUAACCAGCGCGGGAAUCUGCGCAACCACAAGCGAAUCCACACCGGAGAGAGGCCGUUCAUAUGCGACUUUUGCGGCGAGAGGUUCAGGAAUCAGGGGAUUCUGCAGGCGCACAUGAGAGUCCACACCGGAGAGAAACCUUUUGUUUGCGGCGUCUGUGGCAGGAAAUUUUCCCGCAAGACGCAUUUCGAGACUCACAUGAGAGUCCACACAGGAGAGAGGCCGUUUGGCUGUGAAAUCUGCGGCAAAGAUUUUCGUCACAAGAUGCAUUACCAGGAGCACAUCCGGGUCCACACCGGAGAGCUGCCGUUCCCCUGUGAGGUUUGCGGGAAAAAAUUUCGACUUCAGUGCAAUUUAAAGAGACACCUGCGAGUUCACACAGGAGAGAAGCCCUUCAGCUGCGACGAGUGCGGGAAAACGUUCAGCUGCAAGUCGCAUCUUAAGCGGCACACCAAGGUCCACACGGGAGUGCGACCCUUCUCCUGCGAGAUUUGCGGGGACACGUUUGCCGAGCCGGGAGCCGUGAAGAGCCACAUCCUGGUCCACACGGGAGAGAAGCCGUUCGAGUGCGACGUUUGCGGAAAAACGUUUAGACAAAAGAGCACACUCACAAGACACAAAGUUGUUCACACGGGAGAGAAACCGCACUCCUGUACACUGUGUGGCGCCAGAUUCACACAGCAGUGUAAUUUAAAGACACACAUGAGGCUCCACACAAGAUAGAGCUAAUUCUUUUCUUGUGGAAUGUGUUUAUACUGUAUGAGGGUCACGUCCUGACCAGAGCUGUAUGUUUACAUUGCUAAUAAUAACAAAUAUUACAAUGUUUUGAUUCAUUUCAGUGAUUCUAUUCAUCUGGAAUGAAUAGAAUCACUGCCCUACAUUGUCCACCAAAUCUCACAGCUGCUCACUAAAGCCACUGAUCCAUUCAACCCAAUUAGCAUUUUCCUGCCUCCUCCUUUAGUCCUAUAGUCUUAGUAUAAGUUGAGACCAAAGGGAAGAAAUCAAAAGUUAGUGAGGAAAACCUUUGAAAAGGAGCAACAUUUGCAUUGAAAUAAGUGACAAAUUGUGUAUUCAAGACUUCGUAAUCUGGUUCAUUUAACAUAUUAACAGUUGCCUUGUGAGGAAUGCUUAUUGUGAAAAACAUUUACUGUAGAAAUAAAAAUCAGCUGACGUAGUACUGUAAAGAAACUGACUUAAUUACUGAUUUGUUUACUGCUCUGCGGUGAAGAACACAAAAUGCUGUUAUUAGUCUUCAGCUGGUAGCUUUUAAAUAAAACAAAAUGUAAUUACAUUAAAAUCCCCACGGGCGGGGUUUUGCUUAACAGGAGGGUUAGUUACACUUCAACAAAAACUCCUCAGAAAAAUGUCUGUAAAUUAAAUUGUUGCCGUCUUUCCCCUCUGACAAACAUAAAAACCUUCUGCAGCAGAAAUGAUUUUCCUGCAAUAAAAAAAGGAUGUUGAUUUUAAUAUUAUGUAUUUUUGUUUGAAAGUGUUACAAAAUGUAAUAAUGUUUUAUUCACAGAUGCAUCUCACUGCAUUACAGAAGGAACGAAGCUUAAAGCGGGUCACUGAAUAUGUGGCUACGUUUCCGUGAAUAAAGCUGUAAUUGGCCUUCAUGUGAGAGAAUAUCCAACUGUUGGCCUUUAUUAGAAACAAGGUCAACAUGUCUAUCUUUUUAUUAUUUCUUCCUUAAAUCAUUGGUAUAUUUCUGUGUGCCUGUAUAACCGUUUGGUACGCGUUUAUGUGAUUUUUGUUUUCUGAAAGUUUUAACAGAAAUGUUUGUCACUGGUAAAAAAA